AUGUUGAAUUUGUUCGGCCUCAAGUCUGUCGAUGUGUUCUUGGACUGGAACCCAGCAGCAAAAGAGGACUGCGAAAUGCUCAUAGCCGGUUACUGGGUGUGCGUUGGCGUCCAACGGCAGGUAGGUGAUAGCAAUCUCGAGUGGGAGACCGCGCAGCCUGCGUUCAGCGCGCCGCCUGAGCCCACUAAGUACACACCUGUUACUUUACCUACGGCUGAUUCGAGCUUCGCGCCGACACCAUCGCAUGGACCUAUGCCCUCCAAUUGCAAGGUGUUCCAUCAGGUUUCAGCCGAUCAAAACUGUAACGAUCUGGUCAGCUUGUACGGCUAUUUCUCGCAACAAGAAUUCGUGGCGUGGAAUCCGGCCCUGGAUGGCAAUUGCUUGGGCCUCUGGCUCGACACCUGGUAUUGCAUUGGCGCAUACUCUGACGGUGACCUCCCGCUACCCGCUCACCAGACGAUGAAACCGACUGAGGGCAACAUUCCUUUCGGGUACCCAUCGGAUUGUGCGCGAUGGUACCGAACGACCUUUGACGAUACAUGCGACGAUGUCACGCUCAUGUUUGGCAGUUUCAGCAUGGCGGAGUUUGCGAAAUGGAACCCGUCUGUCUUCAGCGAUUGCAGUGGCAUCGUUUCGGACGCAUGGUACUGUAUAGGUCGUCCAGGCACGCCGACAACGCGUACUUCAGGUGCGCCUUCCCUGACGCGAACAAUCGCAUCGACCCAGCCGGCAACGACUGCCACUGCUGCUCCACAGCCUGUGCAGACGCCUUCACCUGUUCGCGAAGGCAUGACAGAAGACUGCGUGAAGUUCCACCUGCAACAGCCAGGCGAUCUCUGCUGGUCAAUGGCGUCUGGUUCCGGCAUUAGCCUGGAGUGA